GUUCCCAGAAAAUGGCGAAGAACUACGAUUAUCUAUUUAGGCUUCUGCUGGUCGGUGACAGCUCUGUCGGAAAGACCUGCAUAAUUGUACGUUUUACAGAAAAUACCUUUACUUCUUCAUAUAUCACGACCAUUGGUAUAGAUUUCAAAAUAAGGACGAUUGAAAUCGAUGGCAGAAAGGUCAAACUUCAGAUAUGGGACACCGCUGGCCAAGAGAGAUUCUACACAAUUACUGCCACAUGUUACCGCAGAGCAAUGGGAAUCAUGUUAGUGUAUGACGUCACGAGCGAAAAGUCCUUCAAGGGCGUGGCAAGCUGGAUCAGCAAAAUUGCAGAAAACUGCGACAAAAACAUCAAUAAAAUCCUACUCGCUAACAAGUGUGACCUGAAGGAAAAGCGGGAAAUUACACGAGAGAGGGGCGAGGAACUAGCUGGUAGACUUGGGAUUCCUUAUGUGGAAAUAAGCGCGCUGUCAAAUUUAAAUGUGGAGGAAGCAUUCGCAACAUUAGCGAAAGACAUAUUUAAUAGCCUGUCGCAUUCUGGAGAAAAUGGAGAAACUGAGAACGAUUUUAAGCCAGCGAAAAAGUCAUCUUGUAUGUCGUGCUGACGUCAUUUGCCAUUUUUCAGUGAAAUGAACCAAAUAAUUUUACAUCUCCCUCAAAAUGAAGCCACCAGAAUUAUUUGCUUUAUAGGAGGGGCUGUAAAGUUUCUAUCGUGAAUAGUUUUAGGUUAGAAGAAAGAGAAGUAUAUGUAUGAAAUGCUAUAAAAAAUGUAGAUCACCUACUGAUACUGUAAUUUAUUAUUGCAGUUUAUUUAAUCUUUUUUUUUUUGUUCAGCUGGUGCACGUGCAAUUCGUCUGGACUGUUAGAUAUAGUAAUAUAGUUAUAGUUAUAGUUAUAGUAAUAGUAAUAGGACUGAGUCGAGUCCAAUUCGGUCUGUAAUCGUAGGAGUGAUAAUUAACAAAAUGGACGACUGCGAAGCGGGAGUCCGAUUUGUUAAUUACGAGUAUCAUUAAUAGAUGAAAUCAGUCGGUUCAGCUUACGCACGUGGAUGGCGGUUUUAGUUGACUUGCGAUGUUCGCACAGUUGACAGAUUCCUGAAAAACAUAUCCUUGCCUUAGUAAUGCAAGUUUAAUUGGUUUUUGAGUGAAACAUGAUAUAUCUUUUUUCUUCUAUUUAACUGUUUCUAACCUUUUUAAAAUUAUUUGCCAGAUAUCACAGACGUGAAAGAUGUUGGAUUGGUAGAAUUUAUGCGUCGAUCAAUUCGAAGCCUCAACAUCCCACUUCGGGCAACCCCCCCAGGCAACCCCCCGUGCAACCCCUGGGCACCCCCCCGGGAAUUUGAACUUUUGAAGAUUGAUUUGUUCAAAUUCCCGCAAUCUGGGGAAAAAUUGUGUUCAUAUGUCGCACCCAAUUUUUCGUAAAGGGAAAAAUCAGCGACGGUGACUUUCUAUACAUUGACCCAGGUUUAAAACCUAGACUUUGUAGACCUUUCAUUUUUAGCUAUUUGCUCGCGAAAGUGAAAUAUUUACCUUAAACAUGCCCUCAGUUAAAUAUUGCUGGAAAGACUUGACACUUCCGGUUCAAGUUCACUGCCACAGUCACGCAAGGUUUACCUGUCCCUUCUCCUUU